CGAGAAAAAAUGUCAGGAAGAGGAAAGGGAGGGAAGGGGUUGGGGAAAGGCGGAGCAAAGAGGCACAGGAAGGUGCUGAGGGACAACAUCCAGGGCAUCACCAAGCCUGCGAUUCGGAGGCUCGCUCGAAGAGGAGGAGUGAAGCGCAUUAGUGGGCUUAUCUAUGAAGAAACCAGAGGGGUGCUCAAGAUCUUCUUGGAGAAUGUGAUUCGCGACGCGGUGACUUAUACUGAGCAUGCUAGGAGGAAGACUGUGACCGCCAUGGAUGUCGUCUAUGCUCUCAAGAGGCAGGGCCGAACCCUCUAUGGUUUCGGUGGUUAGAUUCGGAUCAAGUUUACUGUGCUUUCAUGAAUGAAUACAUUACCAGUACCAGAACCAGAUUAGAUUGUCAAUCUAUGUCUUUUCUUGCUGUUUACCACUUUCUUUUGCUCA